AAUAAUUAAGCAAUCCUACACAACACUCGGUAAGAAACGAAAGGAUAAGCACAAAAUUUGUUUUCAGUUGUUGCAAACAAUAAAUAUUAUUCUCGUUUAAAAUUGCUGGAAACAUUUUUAAUUGGCGUGAAUUUACUUGAAAGAUAUUUACGAAACUAAAUCGUGUAACUUCAACAAAUAAGGAAUUCUCAUGGAUUUGAAGCCAGGGAAGAAAUGGGAAUGUUCAAAGUGCUCGAAAACGUUUAAAACCAAUACCAAAUUGACUAGGCACAUGGUCACGCAUGAUCCUGAUGCCAAAGUCACAUGCGAGGUUUGUGGAAAAAUGUUUAAAAACAAAGUCACCUUACGUGCCCACAUGUCGAUAUAUCACAGCAACCGGGAGCGACCCCGUUGUGAAACUUGUAACCGCGUUUUUUCAACCUUUCCCAUUUUACAGAAACAUAUUGACACUGGCCAUGGAACGAUGGAUCGACCUCGUUUUCCAUGCACGUUUCCAGCCUGUGAGAAAGCCUACCUAAUCAAGGGACACCUUUCGCGGCAUAUAAAUACUAAACACGCCGAAAAUCCGGUCAUUUUUCCGUGCACACUUUGCAUAAAGGAAUUUAAAACCAAGUUUGAACUUGAGGUACACAUCCUCACCCACACGACCGAGAAGCCGUACAAUUGCGCCACGUGUGGAAGGAGUUUCGCCCAAAAGCCGCACCUGAAACGUCACGAGAAGACGCAUUUGGAAAAAUCUACGCGAGACAGGUCAAAGUGUCACAUCUGUCCCCAGACCUUCGUGACUAGAGUUAGCCUGCAGUGCCACGUCCGAAUUGUGCAUGAAAAUCAGAGGAAUUUUCCCUGUAAACUUUGUGACAAGAGAUGCUCCAACUCAACCGGAUUGAGGCGUCACGUGGAGGCGAAACACACCCUAAACAAAGAGCUGCUCAAGAUCCAUCCCUGCGAGAAAUGCGAGUUCAAGAGCCACUCUGAAGCUUAUUUGGCCAAGCAUAAAAUACGCCACAAUGCAGCCAGGCAUGAAUGUUACUUUUGUGGGAAGAAGGUCUUCACUUUGGGCGAAUUGCUGCAACAUUGUAGAGUUCAUACGCUAGAAAGUUAAAAUACUUACUUACUCCUAAGUUUGUAUUUGUUAGCGUAAUGGCAGAUUAAUUUACCGAUUUUUACUCGAAUUACGAUAUUCGUAAAACUAUUUGAUAUAGUCUUCUAAAAAUAGGACCGUUACCAUUUUUCCCUCAGCUAGCAGCAUAGUGGUUCUGGGUGACUAGUUAAACCUUUUUCAGACCACGUGAACAAUCAUGGCAAUGGUGCAUCGAAGUCAACCGGAUGAUGAUUUGAAUUUCGGCCCGCCGCCAAUGUUAAUCAAGCGGACACGUGAUUUUGGAGCGUAGAAAUUCUGUCAGGUUGACUCCGAUCCAUUUCAAUACACGACAACAAUCCUGAAUAUGCAAUGAAUUUUAAUGAGAGCUACAUAAUAAUAUGUAAUAGCAUUUAAUUAUACUUCUAUAAUCUAUAAAAAUUGGUGAAAAUAUACACAUUCGAAAUUUUCUCUAGAAAAAGAUGCUAAGAAAAUGUAAAAUUGAUAAGGCAACAUGUUCGCUUCGACAUCAAUUGUAUCGUUUUGUAGACGAUACCCCGUAGAAAAGUCAAAAUUGGUGGCAUGAUUUAUGCCUGGAUGGUCUUUAUUUCCUGAAGGAUUGUUUGGUCCAGAAUUUGGUCAACCUUUCAGUCGUUGCUAUGGUUACCAAUUUGGUAAUACCAAAUCCAACCCUUUUUCACACCAUACGAACCAACAUUAGCUUUACCUGUUUAAAAAAUAAGCAUCAGCCAUUCACAGGGCAUUGUGGGGAAAGUGGUAACCCGGUAGUGAUCAGAACGAAAGAUUGCCGGUUCGAUUCCGGCCAGCUCGCAACUUUUUCUCAUUAUUGGUUCAAUUGGAUUUUCAAAAAUUCAAUAAGUUUUCUUUCUCAUCUUCCUCUUCAUCAUUAAAUUUACCUGUUGACGUACAUACUCCAAAAUAAGCAUCAAAACUUUCUAGUUUGUUUGUAAAAACAAUGCAUGCAUUUUUAGGGGACUGAUUGAUCAUGUUUCUAUAAGCAAUUUAACGAAAUAAUUAUGAACUAAGAAAUUUAACCCCACCACGUUUACUAAGAAAUUUACAGAACCCUGAAGUUCUCUUAAGUAAUUUUUAAUGAAUUAUUUGUAACAUAAAUAAUUCCAAAUGUUCACCUCGAAAUAAUUGACUGAUCGAAACUCUUCCCAGAAACUCUUAAUUUAUCGCAAGAUUUAUGCAUGCACGGUCGCCAAGGGUUGGUUAUUUUUAUUCAGGAGUUUGUCAAGUUUGCCUCGUCCCUAUUGUUAAAAAAACGCAACCCUUUUCUCACCAGCAUUAACUUUACGUGCUCACUUUCCAAAGCAACUACUGCAUAAAUCACGAUUAAGCAAUCCUACAAACACAACGCACG